UGUCGUACGGAGCGGUCGUGUUGUUGCUUUAUUUAUCGGGUGACGUACGUCGAGUGCAACGGGAUGUGACGUCGCGACUCGUAAAACACGAAAUAUCAGAAAGUGAUAAGAUUUAUGACACAUUAUCGGGGGAUCCUGGUAAAAGUUUGUGAACAACUUUGUGUGUACUUAUAAACUUUGUUUCGGCUUAUAGUUUGUGUGAAGUGUUUAGUGUGGUGUACUGUUUUAGUGGAAAUUGUAAUAAACAGGAAAGUUUUGUUUUAUGCUGUCCCGACUUCGAAAUUUUAUUUUUCUGGAUUUUGUCAGAUGAUGCAUUCAAGCACUAAAGAACAAGAGUACAGUGACGUCACGAAACGUUACAACGAAUGGAUGAGGCGCGGUUAAGUCAUGUUGACGAAGAAUUGGAGGAUCGACAUGCAUACUAUGAACUUCAGCUACCGACUCAAGAUCGGUAUCAUUGUCAUUGUGAUUAUGGUACUCGGGUUUUUUAAUGAGAGUCAAGGUACCGCACACUAUGGAGAGGACAGCGUGGGGUCAUUUCCGUACUUCGAAUACAAUGUGCCUCGGAAUGUGACUACCGUGGUCGGACAGACCGCGUUCCUGCAUUGUAGGGUUGAACAACUCGGCGACAAAGCGGUAUCUUGGAUUAGGAAAAGAGAUCUGCAUAUAUUAACUGCUGGCAUCCUGACUUAUACAUCGGAUCAGCGGUUUCAAGUGAUCAGGCCGGAGAAGUCAGAAAAUUGGACGCUUCAAAUAAAAUUCCCACAAGAGAGAGACGCGGGGAUCUACGAAUGUCAAGUGAAUACAGAACCGAAGAUGUCUUUGGCUUUUCAACUGAACGUCGUUGAAGCGAAAGCGCACAUCCUCGGUCCGGUCGACCUGUACGUGAAGACUGGCAGCUCUUUGUCACUAACUUGUAUACUUAGCCAGGGCCCACACGACUUGGGCACGAUAUUUUGGUAUAAGGGAUCAAACAUAAUAGAAUAUAAGGAACUAGAAGAGAAUGAGUUGGUUGAGGAACCGCCUCGAGUGAGGCUAAAGACGGAGUGGACGGAGCAGCUGACGUCACGGCUGACAGUGGAGAAGCUCUUGCCUGGCGACAGCGGGAACUAUAGCUGUGUGCCCACUAUGGCUGAAGCUGCUUCUGUUAAUGUGCAUGUUAUAAACGGCGAGCAGCCAGCAGCGAUGCAGCAUGGGAAUGCAAACACAGCAUCACCGUGCGCGCUAUCGGUUAAUUUACUCAUCUCAUUAUAUUGCACUCUGGCUACUCUAUACACCAGUACGGUCGACGGGUUUAGAUGAAAAUUACAAAAGUUCUGAAACAACACUUGCAAUGAAAGCUGUUGUUAUAUUUGUAUUAUAUAAAAAAUGAGUCUUAAUUAGAUUUUGGUAAGACUAUGCUGUGGUAGUUUCGGAUGUGGAUUUUUUGGAAGGGACGCUUGUAUUUUGGUCUUAAAGACUAUGAAUUAUAUUGGUAUUUUGGUUUUUAAUACGAAUUAGUUUUCAA